AUGACCAGAACUUCUCCUCCUUUGGAGACAUCAUCCUUCGACGACGAUGGUCGCCCCAAAAGAACAGGUACCGUCCUAACCACAUCUUCCCAUAUAAUAACUGCGGUUAUUGGAACUGGAGUGUUGUCUUUAGCAUGGGCAACCGCACAAUUAGGUUGGAUCGCUGGUCCAUCUACCCUAUUGUUGUUUUCGAUUAUCACUUAUUACACUUCUACCCUUCUCGCCACCGCUUAUCGUACCGGAGAUCCGAACACCGGAAAAAGAAACUACACUUACCCUAAUGCUGUCAGAUCCAUUCUCGGUGGUGUACAAGUAAAAUUUUGUGGUUUAAUUCAAUACAUCGAGUUAUUUGGUGCUACAAUUGGAUACACCAUAGCUUCUGGCAUUAGCAUGAGGGCGAUAAAGAAAACUCAUUGCUUCCAUGAUAGUGGAGGAAAAACCGCAUGCGAUGACACAUCAAGCACACCUUACAUGCUCAUAUUUGGGGCAAUUCAAUUAUUCCUUUCUCAAAUUCCAGAUUUCGAUCAAAUAUCAUGGUUAUCUAUAGUUGCCGCGAUUAUGUCUUUUACUUAUUCCAUAAUUGGUCUCAGCCUCGGAAUUGCCAAAGUUGCAGAGACUGGAGUAAUUCGCGGUAAUCUUACUGGGAUAAGAAUUGGAACUGUGACUGAAAUGCAGAAGAUGUGGAGAUGUUUUCAAGCUCUUGGAAAUAUUGCUUUCGCUUAUUCAUAUGCGUUGAUCCUCAUUGAAAUCCAGGACACGAUAAAAUCUCCACCUUCUGAAGCUAAGACGAUGCAAAAAGCCUCGUUAAUAAGUGUCUCAGCAACAACUGUCUUCUACAUGCUAUGCGGAUGCUUCGGCUACGCAGCUUUUGGGGACUUAGCGCCAGGAAACCUAAUAACCGGAGUUGGAAAGAUUGGUUUUCAUAACCCUUAUUGGCUAAUUGAUAUAGCAAAUGUGGCAAUUGUUGUCCAUUUGGUCGGAGCUUACCAAGUUUAUAGUCAGCCUCUCUUUGCAUUCAUGGAGAAAAUCGCAGCCAAUAGAUUUCCAUCCAUCACCAAGGAAUAUAAGGUCCCUAUCCCGGGACUAAGGCCUUAUAAUCUCAAUCUCUUUAGGUUGAUUUGGAGGACAAUUUUCGUGAUGAUAACGACAAUAAUCUCUAUAGCAAUGCCAUUUUUCAAUGACAUUAUUGGAAUCUUGGGCGCGAUUGGUUUUUGGCCAUUGACUGUUUAUUUUCCUAUUGAGAUGUUUAUUGUGCAAAUGAAGAUACCCAAGUGGAGUACGAGGUGGGUGUGUCUUCGGAUCUUGAGUGGUUGUUGUUUGAUAAUUUCGUUGGUGGCGGUUGUUGGUUCGGUUGUUGGAGUUGUUCAAGAUUACAAGACCUUUAAACCCUUCAAGGGUUAGC